GCAGGACAUUCUCAAAUUGGCAACUCGCUUUAGCAUAAUGCAGCAAACAGUCCGUCCUUCAAGGCUAGAACUGCAACCGCUGGCUUCUUUAAGGCGCCCUUUCAAACGAGAAGCCCGAAGCCAUCCCCCCCCCCCAAAAAAACUAGGCUGCUGCUGCUGCUGUUUAAUUUAUUUAAUUUGAUAUCGUUGUUUUUCUUGCUUGGCACUGUCAAGAAGAGAUGUCUUCACUAAAAUGACGCGCCUAUUAGCGUAAUUAGACUAACUUUCCUUUACCAAAUCGAGAGAGAGACACACACCCUCGGUAAUUCCGGGCUCCUGUUCGGCUUUCCCAAAGCGGGAUCCUACGUGAAACCUGGAAAGUGGACAUUCAUGAACUGGAUUUCCCAGACGCUUCACCAAAUGGACGGUUUUGGUACAGUAGCUCCAUCCUCCUCCUCAGGUUUUACCGUAAUCCUGCGGGAGGGGGGAGUACAAACUGAAAGUAAAAACAGCCUAGCAACCACAAGAGAGAAGAGCAGUUGUCUGAGCAGAUGCCUUUACUUCCAAGAAAUCCUUGGUUCCAGAAGCUGCAUGAUAGAAGAUCAGAAAUACACCCAAUUUUUGAUCGCUGCCCUUGAUGGUAACUCUUCCCCCAUCAUUGUUGGCAAUGGAGAAGGACCAGAACCUACAGGGAAACAGCAGUAAGAUCAUUUCUGGAGUACGUUAAAUAAUCCCGAAGAAAUCACGUGUGCAUUAUAUGCCUGAAUGUAAAGCAUGAAUGCAGUGCGGAAGAAGAGAUUUUGGGCAUCCUGCUUCUGCUUUAUGGCCAUCUUUUUUCUUCUUGUCACACUCCAGGUGGUUGUAGAACUUGGAAAGUCUGAAAGGAUGAUGAUGUCAAAAAACUCAAUUUCAUACAAUAGUGCCUUGAAAGAGGAAGGAUGGCAGAAGUACACCUCUCUGUUUGUAAAGAAACCAGAACUUCACAGCAACACAAAGAUCAUUUUGAGCAAAGGCAGAUAUCCCAUUUUGCUGUGGUGGUCUCCACUGACUGGAGAAACUGGACGGCUGGGUCAGUGCGGAGAAGAUGCUUGCUUCUUCACAAUCAACAGGACUUAUCAGCACAACUCUAUGACAAAAGCGUUUCUGUUCUAUGGCACUGACUUCAGCAUAGAUGGCUUACCUCUCCCCCGUAAAGACCACCAUGACUGGGCUCUUUUCCACGAGGAAUCGCCCAAAAACAAUUACAAGCUCUUCCAGAGACCUGCUAUCACUCUAUUCAACCACACAGCAACUUUCAGCCGUCACUCACACCUACCGCUCACCACACAGUAUCUUGAAAGUAUUGAGGCCUUAAAGUCCCAGGGGUACAUGAUUUCUGUGCAAAACAAGAACAGCCUGAGAAAGAGGCUUGCACCACUCGUCUAUGUACAAUCCGACUGCGAUCCUCCCUCUGACCGGGACAGCUACAUAAAGGAGCUGAUGGCACACAUUGAGGUGGACUCCUAUGGUGCCUGCUUGCAUAACAGAGAUCUGCCAGAGCAGCUUGGAAAUCCAGCUUCCAUGGACAGCGAUAACUUCUACAAGAUCCUCACCCAGUACAAAUUUGUCCUUGCUUUUGAGAAUGCAGUCUGUGAAGAUUACAUCACUGAAAAGCUUUGGAGGCCACUGAAGCUGGGUGUGGUACCAGUUUAUUACGGCUCUCCCAGUGUUGAAGAUUGGCUUCCCAGCAAUAAGAGUGCCAUUCUAGUCACAAGAUUCUCCCACCCCAAGGAUCUGGCACAAUACAUCAAAGCUUUGGAUGCAGAUGACAAGAAAUAUGAGGCCUACCUUGAAUGGAAGCUGAAAGGGGACAUCUCCAACAAAUAUCUGCUUGCUGUUAUCAAGGAACGCACAUGGGGAGUGCAAGAUAUCAUGAAGGACAAUUACAUAGAUGCCUUUGAGUGCAUGGUGUGUACUAGAGUAUGGGAAAAUAUGAGAAGACAAGCAAAGGGAAUGUUACCAAGAAGGUGGAAUGCAGAAGCUAGCCACUUGAGUUGCCCCAAACCUCAAGCGUUUGAUUUUUCAUCUCUGAAUACACACAGAAUGGCUCUGCAGGAGAUGUGGAUACCGAGCUUCGAACAGUCCAAGAGAGAAGCUCAUGUGCUGAGGCAGCUGGUAGAAAGGAACAGAAAUUUCACAGCUCGGGAGUUUUGGACUCUGGUGUUUAGAGAAUGAUUUUAGAAGAAGACAAUGGGUCCUUGCCUUAAGCCGGGGGGGGGGGAACAAACAAACUUAAAAAAUGUUCUAUAAAAAAGCCUUUAUCAAAAGCUGUUUAUAGGAUGCCUUAAUAAGAGAGGAAGCCAUUUUAACAACUGAACAUGCAGUGAGAAAAUACAGUAUUCAGUGAAUACUAAUCAAGAAGAUGAAUGACCCAGUUGGGUCAUCUUACAAUAUAUAUAUAUUUUAUACUAACAUUUAGCAUAAAUUAUUAAUAUAAAUUAUUAGUGUAAUUAACAUUUAAACGUUAACAACAAAAUGUAGUAGUUGUUGCCUUUCUUUGGGUCUCUGUGUGCGUACUUCUGCUCCACAGUUGCUUCCAGGCUGGGGUGAAAUAUGUGUCAAGCCUUCCACCCAAGUGGUUCAGCUUCCUGGCAUCUCUCGAGCAGAAUACCCAAGGGAUUGGGCAUUGCUGCUCAUGUCAUCGAUGUACACUUGCUGGGAAGCCAAGCCACAUGGGAAGAAGGACUUCUUCAUAAGUGAAUUGCAGAGCACAUUAGGGGCAACUGGAGGGGCAGUAUGCCAAGCGCACUGAAAAAAGGAUAAAGAAAAGGUGGCCUUAGGGAGAAUGUCUCACCCAAGCAUGGGAGAGCCAGUUCAUGUGUGGUUAGAGCUGUUUUCUUGUGACUGGAUUCCAUGCCACUCUGACCAGUUCUAUGAAGAGCCACCUUGUGGUCUGAAUGAAUUAACAACCUUGUUUAUUUUCCUUUCUGGCUUGGCCAGGGUGGUGGUGAAGAAGGAAGAGGGAAGGUACCCUGGGGUGGGAAAGAACACCACAGUUCCAUUGAUCCACAGUUCUUACCAGAUAUGAUCUAUCUAGAAGUAUUGUAAACAGCUGUGGCAAGGCGGCAUCUACACGCGCUGAUAAUGUCUGAAGGACUCCCUCAAGGAGGAAGAGCUGACCAUACAGAGGCUCAUGGAAGUAGGAAUGAUGUUUCCUGACAGGGCUCUUAGACCAUUAAGGCCUGCACAAUGUCAUGAUCUGGGGCUUGAACUGGGUAUCUUAAGAUCUGAGCUACUUGGGACUGGGAGGACUGGGGCCCCAGAGUCCUCUUCAGGCACAGAAGAGGUGUGCAAUACAGGCCAUGCUUGAUGAGUCAUCUUGGUCAGUUUAGGUAUAAAUACAAGA